AUGUCCACCGAACGUCGACUUUCAGAUUUACGUAAUUUAGUCAGUGGCCUUUAUACAUUAGGUGCAACAAUUGGUACGGGUCAUUUUGCUAUUGUAAAACUUGCUCGACAUGUUUUUACACAAAAAGAAGUUGCAGUUAAAGUUAUUGAUAAAACAAAACUUGAUGAUAUAUCAAAAGCUCAUUUAUUUCAAGAAGUUAUGUGUAUGAAAUUAGUUCAACAUCCAAAUGUUGUUCGUUUAUAUGAAGUUAUUGAUACACCAAAUAAACUUUAUCUUAUUUUGGAAUUUGGUGAUGGUGGUGAUAUGUAUGAUUAUAUUAUGAAACAUGCUAAUGGUCUCAAUGAAUCAACUGCUCGUAGAUAUUUUCGACAAAUAUGUCGAGCACUUAAAUAUUGUCAUGAAAUGCAUGUAUGUCAUCGUGAUCUUAAACCUGAAAAUUUGGUAUUUUUUGAAAAACAAGGUGUUGUUAAAUUAACUGAUUUUGGUUUUUCCAAUCAAUUUUCACCUGGUAAAAAAUUGCUCACUAGUUGUGGAUCUCUUGCAUAUUCAGCGCCAGAAAUUUUACUUGGUGAUCCAUAUGAUGCACCAGCCAUAGAUAUAUGGAGUUUAGGUGUAAUAUUAUUUAUGCUUGUUACUGGCCGAGCACCAUUCCAAGAAGCCAAUGAUUCCGAAACAGUAAUGAUGAUUUUAGAUUGUUGUUAUAAACUUCCACCGCAUAUUUCACCAGAAUGUCAAAAUUUAAUUCAUCGAAUGAUUGUACGUGAACCUGAAAAACGUGCAACAUUAGAUGAAGUUAUGUCUGAUAUAUGGUAUCAUCAAUGUGACGAUGAUAAUGAUGAUGUUGAGGAUCAACAUUAUGUUGAUUCAUUACCAUUAAUAUCACAUAAAACAAUAUCACUAGAUGAUCAUGAAUCAAUUCUUCAACAAAUGACUGAUGGAAAUAUAGCUGAACGUGAUGCAAUUUUACAAGCUUUAAAUGAAGAUCAAUAUAAUCAUAUAACAGCAACAUACUAUUUACUAGCAGAAAAAAUGUUAAAUGAUCGUCUAUAUGAGAAAAGUGAAGAUAAUGAACGUAGUGCAAAACGACAGCGACGUUUACAACCAGCUAGUGAUCCAUUUACAGAACAAAUAGGAGUCUUUAUGUCAUCAUCAUCAUCAAAUUUUUGUUUUGCGGAUGUAUCCUUACCAGCUACAAGACAAGGUUCAUUGACGGAUGAGAAUAUGGAUAAUAUUGAUAUUGAGAAGUUAACUUUUACGGGAAAAGAAAAUAUACCACCAGUAUUGACAACACCACGACAUUCAAUUGAUUCUUCAACUGAACAAACUUUACCAGCUUUACUUGAAGAUGAAGAAGAACGACCAUCCUUACAACAACGUUCAACAAAUCCAACUACACCAACACCAACUCAAGCUAUGAGAAUUAUUCUUGAAGAAGAUGAAAAUUCUGAAUCACCACCGACUGAUAAAACUGCUGGUGCAAUUCAACAAAUAGGAAAUCUUCCAAAACUGAAUAAAAUAGUUGAAAGUGAAGAAGAUGAAGAUGAAGAUAUUGAAGAUGAUGAUAAUCUUUCAACACCAAAUACAACUAUAUUUAUUAGUCAUGCUGGUACAACAACUGUUGAUAGUUCAAUAACAACAAGUGGUGUACUUCGUUCAAAAGAUUUACGUUCUGUUGUUGAAACAAAACGUCGAAAUUUUUCUCGUAGUCGUUCCAAUUCAGAUAGUGAAGAUAAUGGAGUUACAAAUGAUCUAAAUCGUUCAUCCAAUCGUAAACAACAUACACGUUCACCCACACGACCAAGUUCAUUUCAAGAUUCCAUUGAUGCAUUAGCUGCUGAUGGAACUAAUCAACAACAACAACAGAUGAUUUCAACUAGUAAUACAGGUGAAAAUACAAAACGUCGUAGUUUUUCACGUGCUGGUUCAAUAGCAUCAAAUAAUCGUUUAGUAUUAAAUGGUACAAAUGAUGAAAUAAUUAAUAAUGAUAUAUCAGCAACAACAAGUUUAACAUUAAUGAAUGAUCGUGCACGUAGUUUAUCAACAGAACAUCGUCUUGCUAAUCCAUCACAAAUGUCUAUUGCAUCUCGAACAUCAAUACGUUAUUCAACACCACGUGAAUCAACUGUAUUUACAAAAACUGAUGCACCACCUGUUGUACGUUUAUUACAACAAACUCAACAUCAUGAUACAACAGAUGCAAUUAAAACAAUAAUUGAACAUCAACGUUUACAACAAACACCAUCACAUCAUGAACAUAUACAAACACCAAUUAUUGUUGAAGAAGAUAUAUCACCACCAUUAAUAUCAUCAUCAAAUAUAAAUAUAAAAUCACCUUUAGGAAAAAAAACAAGUAAUGGUUUAACAAAAUCUAAUGUUAUUGUACCAACAACAGAUAAUAUUAAUCAAUCAAAUGGACAUAUUAAUCCAAUGUCAACAUCAACAACAUCAUCUCAACAUUCAGUAUUAUCAACACUUAAAUAUUCAUUACUUAAACAUCAACAACAACAAAAAUCUAAUACAGAUAAUACAAUGAAUAUUGAAAAUACACGAAAACCUCAUCAACAUACAUCAGACAAAAAUCGAGUGUGUUGCACAAUUAUUUAA